AUGCACACGGCGGCGCUGACCGCCGCCCUCCGCGCCCCGCUCCCGCCGCCGCCCCCCGUGCUCCUCGCCCCCGGCCCCAGGCCACCCCGCCGCCAGGGCUCCGCCUUCUCGCGCCGCCCGCGCCCGCCGCCUCCGCCCGUCGCGCCGCCUCCGCGGCCGCCGCAGCCGCCGCCGCCUCCCAGGCCCGGGCCGCGCCCGCUCGCCGGCCGGCACCAGCAGGAGGCCUCGGCCCAGGAUGCUGGAGGGAUCCGGGUCACGGAAAAGCUUCACUGGCCUGAGCAAGAGUUUGCCACCAAGUCCCUGCUGAGCCCCGGGGAGAAGCUGAUCAUUGACUGUGAGAACAACCUUUCCCACUUGACUUCGGGAAUCCUGAAAGACAUUUUCACGACUGGAACCAGCAGCUACAAUGUCCUGCUCCAAUCCAAGGAGGAGAAGAAGAACCAGCUGCCGAAGCCGCCGUCCCCGGCCCACCACCGGCGGCACCGGAAGCCCAGCCGCUCGCCGGGGUCCCCGCGGGGCAAGGAGCAGCACCAUCGCAAGAUCAAGGUGCCCAUGCCCCUGAGCAACAACAGCUGGUGCUACCUGAACAAGCAGCCGUCCAUCUUCGUCAACAACCCGCUGUCCAGCGGCAUCAAGUUCUCUAGCAGCUUCGGGGUGAGCGGCAGCGGCCUGGCCCCCAGGCCCAAGACCAAGGCCAAGAGGCACUUCUCCACACUGGCCAAGCCCAAGCAGCCCCCGACGGUGCCCAAGAACUUCGAGAAGGGCGACGACCCCGCCAAGAGACUCUGCAUCCUCACGGCCAUCAAGCCCACCAACCUGGAGAGGGAGAAGGCCAAGUUCUUCAAGGCCGAGUUCGCCUACGACCCCCAGUUUGAGUAUGCCAACCCGACCGUGCCCGCCGUGCUGGCGAAGCACGGCCAAGCGUCUGACCGCUUCCUGAAGCAGUCUGUCAAUAUUAUGGAGAGAACGUUACAGAGAUACGGAAGUUACGAGAAUUUUGAACAGUCCACCGGGGGCUGCUUAUUGUCCAAAACGCGCAUCUGGAGCCACGUCAGGAAGUACAUGACCAAGGAAGGCUGCCUCGGGGAGAUUGUGGUUCAUCUCACUGAAGAUCUGCUGUCCCGAGCGUCCAUGACAGUGGUCAACGGCUGUCCGACGCUGACCAUCAACGUCUCCACCGCCCGUGAGCACUGGCUGGAGGGGAUGCUGAGGCAUGAAAUCGGAACGCACUACUUUCGUGGGAUAAACAAUCUCCAGCAGCCCUGGAGCAACUGGACGGGCCGGAAGAAGUACGGCCUGCGGCCCAACAACCCCACGGAGGAGGGGCUGGCCAGCAUCCACAGCGUGCUCUUCCGCAAGGACCCCCUGCUGUGGCGUGCCGCCCUGCUCUACUACACCGUCUACCAGGCCAGCCAGAUGUCCUUCAGCGAACUCUUCCAGGACGUGGGGAAGUUUGUGAAGGACCCCAACACGCGGUGGGACUACUGUGUGCGCGCCAAGCGAGGCUGGACUGACACUUCCCAGCCAGGUUGUUUCAACAAAGACCAAGUCUACCUGGAUGGCAUUCUCCAGAUCCUGAGGUACAGAGAGUCCAUCGACUUCCACUUGCUGACCACCCUGGGCAAGGUGUCCUUUGAGGACGUGGAUCGCUUGAAAACGCUGGCCGUCACGGAGAACCUGAGGGUCCCCCAUUUCCUGCAGGACAGUGAUCGGUACAUGGAACAGUUACAGAAAAUCAUGGAGGUGAAUGAGCUGACGGACAAGGAGCUCCAAGACCUCAUAUUCUAACGGCUGACCCGCCCUGGAGAGCUACGGACCCACACCUGGACUGUGCUGGCGUCAGAAAUUUUAUGAAAGCAAAGCAGUGAUUUAUCCAAGUUUUCAGUGAGGAAGAUCUGCAGUAUUCAGCAAUGUUUAUUAAGUGCGUUAAAAUACAAACCUGAAACAAUUUCCCAGAAAUGUUUCUUUAAGGGGGGAUGUUCACUUUUUUGGGUGCCUUCCCCAUGGAAUAGUCGCCUUCCCCAUCGCGACGCCCCUCCCGAUACCCGGGCCCUGCCGAGGACCCAGGGCCGGCCACGGCCGGAGAGCUGGGUUUCUUGUCUGGCGAGAGUUUGUGGAGGGAACGUGCUCCAGCUGUGCGGCUCCAGAUGUGGUGGGGGUGUCCCGAGGCAGCUCGGAGGUUGGUCCCCCACGACGAGGUGAAAGGAAGUUUGUCUCUUAACAAGGCGAGUGCUCGCCUUCACAGCACCUUCAGCCAGUGGGUCGAGGACCUUUACUGCUCCUCAGGGUUGGGGGGAGGGAUUACUUUUCAUAUAGAGUGUUCAGGAGAGUUUUGUGUGGCCGUGUGACCUGGAGAUUGAGCAGCAGUGAUGGAGCCAGACAUUGUCCCAUGUGACUAUGUGACCUGGAGAUUAACCAGCAGUGAUGGAGCCAGACAUCGUCCCCCAUGGCCAUGUAACCUGGAGAUUGAGCAGCAAUGAUGGAGUCGGACAUUGUCCCAUGUGACCAUGUAACCUGGAGAUUAACCAGCAGUGAUGGAGCGGGACAUUGUCUUGUGCAGCCCUGUAAGCUGGAGAUUGGACAGCUCCCAGUCCUGACUGCUCUCCCAGGCGGGAUGACGGGACAAGUGCCUAUUUUCCUGGGACAGGCCCUCAAGGUGAUUCCCACUUGGCUGCCGGCCUUGGUUUAAAAAGUCUCCUUUCCCCAACCGGAGGUCUCUCUGACCCAGUCCUUUCUCUACCACAGGUUGGAAGGACAAUCCAAGUGUCCUUUUCUUCUCGCCCCAAGACUCAAACCGCCCUCUCCUCCCUUUGCAAAGCCCCCAUUGCUGCAGCGUAAGCAGGCAGGCCUUCUUUCCCAGCAGCAAAAAGCAAAGGUCAAUUUGUCCCCGGGUUAGGUGGGCAUUAGGAGGGCUGCCGCCCGUCUGCUGGUACCACUGUUUCCACAACACUCUGCACCCAGGGGAGAAGUCCGGGGGGCUGCCCCGGCAGACGAAGACGCCCUUUGGACAACAAAAAGCUUUUAUUUUUUGGCCAAUACGGUCGGCCUACACCAGACUGCUAUUGUGGCGGGCACUCACAAACCCGGUUCGCCGGAGGUCCAUCUCCAUCGCCCGCAAUGGGCUUUGCUACCAAAUCACCGGGGCUUGUUAUUACUCCAAGCCGUUGGGUGAACUCAGAAAGAAAAUCAUCUCUAACUGCCGGGAGAAAGCCGGGGGGGCACGAGGAACUUAGCUUUGGGCAAACCCUUCAUCUUGUUGGGUGCAGCUGGAGAUGGGGGGAGGACCUUAAUGGUGUGUACUUGCCCCAGUGAUGGAGGUCGUGGAGCCCUUGUCCUUGGCCCCGUGCCAUUCUCCGACCCAGAAGACACUUGACUCCGGGAAACCUGCGUGGAGCUCCCCCGGCUCCUGCUUUGGCCUGGGUUUAAGGAGGAUGAUCGGCUCCCUGAGAGGUGAUGGGACCAGCAAGGACGGGGUUGGGAAAAGACACCGAGAGUGUAAAGGAGGGCAGGGCUUAGCCAACGGGACACAGGAUGCGGGACGCCUUCGGGGGUGUAUGAGAGGACGUAGGUCAUUGUAAGGAAGUGUGUGUAAUUGAGCUCCCCAGAGGGAGGUGGUGCGAGAUAGAAACACUUGGCGCAUUACUUGGGGCUUAAGGAGCCCCUCUGUCCUCCACGCACAUAUACAGAUGCACCCGGACAGACUCCCCAAGCACGUCAAGGUGGCGGGAGCACCUCACAAAGGCUCCAUCGUUCACAGACUCCCCAAGGCGGUGGGAGCACUUCACAAAGGCUUCGUCGUUUGGGCCCCCUUGGGUCGCCCCGCUGCCCCUCUUUCUAGAAGUCAGACAGUGCUCCCAAGUACCCUCGGACCCCAUUCCUAACCUAAACGGGGCGCUUCCCGCUUUAAAGAACGGCUUGCAAUCCUGCAGAAGUGCGGAUGCUGAUGAUCUGGGGUCACUGGAAACGCCCGGCUGUCCCACGCUCCCCAGCAAUAACAUCGCUAGUCUCCGAGUUUUACCGAGUACAGAAGAAAAACCACAGCAGCCUUAAUUUUCUAGCCCUGACACGAAAUGGCCUGAAGCCCGUCACUCCGCAGUUUUCAGCAGCCUUUCCUCCUUCUGCCUUAAUGGUUUUCAAAGUUAAAUCAGGAUUCCUGAGGAGGAGAAACUGACGUCUGGAUUUCUCUCCCCGCAGGAAAACCCAUGCAGACAGUUUGGAAGCAGACGUGUUCUCACAUUGGGGGGCAAUCGAGUCAGUAUUCUCAGAUGCUUUCCAAAGUGGGAAUCUCGAGCUGCCCCUCAGAUCCUUAGACUGUGAACCCCUCGCCUUGUGCGCUUUUGAGUCGUGUUCCUUGCGUGGCCCCCCGCGUCUCCCCCUGCGAGUCACGCUUCUGGCUCUGCCGAGGGCCCGGAUGCUAGCGGCUGCCUGGUGGAGGACAAAGAGCGGUCUUUGUCUGAGAACGGCCCGGGCCCCCGGCGCACCGACAAUCUGGGCCAAUUCACCUGCUUCGUUUCAUUACGCGGCAGCGCCCACCUUCCCUCUCGCCCCUGCCAGUGUUUCUUCAAGUUUCCUUGUGCUUUGAUGCUUGUGCUCGGCCAUCGAAGCCAACUUCUAGAAUGUGAAGUGCCCAGUCUGGUCCCUGGCCCGAACUCCGAGACCUCGGGAAGUCCAUCGAGUCUCAGUAAGCUUUGAUUUAGCACCUACUAUGUGCCAGGUUGCACGUAAUUGUUGUUUCCUUCUACACCUUUGUUAAAAUGUUUAAAAUGUGUGAUGUUUGUUUUGUAAACUGGAGAUUUAAAUUGUAACCAGCUGUUAUUAGAUGUGAGCUUGACCUUCUGAAAUAAAGUUCCUGGAAGCUAC